UCUUUGGCUCUCUCAAAACUUCUCUUUGAUCAAUAACAAAGAUCUUAAGAUUCAAAACAAUGGCAGUCUCUUUCCAUAUUCGCUCUAAAAGUUUACCUUCUAGAUCUCACCCACAAGCCGCUCAUGUCGAUGAGCAGCUGGCCUGUUUGAGAUCUUCUGAGGAAGCCUCAACAUCUUCUAUCUGCAAAAGAGUUGACAACCUUCAAGAACUACACGAGUCUCUUGACAGGCUCAUUCGUUUACCCUUUACCCAACAGGCACUAGCACAAGUACAAAACAAGAUAUUCGUCGAGCAGCUUCUUGAUGGAUCUCUCAGGAUCUUGGACUAUUGCAACAUUUCCAAGGAUGUUUUGUCGCAGAUGAAAGAGGGUCUCAUCGAGAUCCAAUCUAUUCUACGAAGAAAGCGAGGUGAUCUAUCAGGAGAGGUCAGGAAUUACUUAGCCUCAAGAAAGUCACUCAAGAAGACAUUCCCUAAAAUACAAAAGUCUCUCAAUGUUGUCGCACGUGAAGGAGAGCCUUUGGCUGUCUUUGGAGAAGCAGAGGCUAUCACAGUUUCUUUGUUUGAGUCUCUCUUUAGCUACAUGUUUGGAUCAAAGACUUGUGGAAAAUGGUCAGUCGUCUCAAAGCUAAUGAGCAAGAAGAAAGUUACAGCUGAAGCUCAAGUAAACGAAUUCACUAGGGCUGAUUCUGAAUUUCAGUCUGGAAAGACCUUGAAGAUAGAAGAUGUUCAGAUCCUAGUGUCAUGUAUUCAAGAUCUUGAAGAUGGAGUUGAAUCUCUUUCAAAGUCAUUGAUCAAAUAUAGAGUUUCAAUUCUUAACACAUUAGGCCACUAAAGGCUACAAUUUUGUACAUAAGAGAAAAGAUAAUAGAAACUUAUUCAAGUCUCAGUUCUGUACAUCUUAUUUAUUUGAUCUCGGACUGUUUAACCAAUCAAAGAACAAGAUCAUUCUAAAAACAAGAAGUUCUCAGUUUUAACUUU